CUGUAUAAAAGAGACCUAGCGAAGGGACCCCACAAGCCUCGAGCUCUCGCGUGGGCGAAAAGGGUGGAAAGCAAAGCCCAGGAUCUCCGGAGCAGAGCGCGCCAGCUGCAGAGGCAAGGCCGGCAUGCCACCGAACUUCCAACUCCAGUGUCGCCUCCUUCUCAUCCUCCUGAUGGCUCUAAGGGGGGAAAGCAGGUACCUAGAGUUGCAAGAAAGAGCGGACUACGAUCCUUUCCUGCUCUACAGCUCCAGCCUGAAGCGGGACCUGGCCGGGGAGCAGCCGUACCACCGGGCUCUGCGGUGCCUGGACAUGCUGAGCCUACCCGGCCAGUUCACCUUCACCGCCGAUCGGCCGCAGCUGCACUGCGCAGCCCUUUUCAUCAGCGAACCCCAGGAGUUCAUCACCAUCUAUUUUGACCUGGUCUCCAUCGAUUGUCAGGGAGGAGACUUGCUGAAGGUGUUCGAUGGCUGGAUCCUCAAGGGGGAGAAAUUUCCAAGUUCCCAGGACCAUCCACUCCCCACCAUGGAACGGUACAUAGACUUCUGCGAGAGCGGCCUUAGCAGAAGGAACAUAAGAUCUUCCCAGAAUGUGGCCAUGGUCUUCUUCCGGGUCCAUGAACCAGGACGCGGAUUCACGUUAACCAUAAAGACAGAGCCCAACCUCUUUCCUUGCAACGUCAUCUCUCAGACCCCGAACGGAAGGUUUACCUUGGUGGUUCCCCACCAGCAUCGAAACUGCAGCUUUUCCAUCAUUUAUCCUGUGGCGAUCAAAAUAUCUGAUCUCACCCUGGGACACUUACACGGCUUUCAAGUAAAGAAACCCUCAGCAGGCUGUGGGGGGAAAGGAGACUUCGUGGAGCUGCUGGGAGGAAAUGGAUUGGACCCUUCCAAGAUGAUGCCCUUAGCUGAUCUCUGCUACCCCUUUCACGGCCCUGCCCAGAUGAAAAUUGGCUGUGACAACACCGUGGUGCGCCUGGUCUCCAGCGGGAAGCAUAUAAAUCGGGUGACGUUUGAAUAUCGUCAGCUGGAACCAUAUGAACUAGAAAACCCAAACGGAAACAGCAUCCUGGAAUCCUGUUUGUCUACACUUUGAAUGGUUGACAUGCUGCCGGCUAAGUGAGUUCUUAAAGGCGAUUGUAUAUGAUUUUGAUGACCAGCUAGUGAAAAGCCUUUCAUACCACUCAGUA